AUGUCGUCCACAGCAGGAGCAUCAACGACGGCAAACACCCCGUCCGUCAUCACAUCCUUUCCUAGGAACCCCCUCACCACGACCUUUUCCCGGCCUCCAGGCUGCGAUGGCAUCUACCUGUCGGGUUUUCUGGCCAUGGUAGAUCUAAGCUCUACCUGCCUGCCCAGUAACUUCAAAUCCGACGCCUACUUCUCGCCCGGCCUCGUCUGUCCGUCGGGGUAUGUAUCCGCGUGCCAUGAUACAACCGGCGUGGCAUCGAUAACAACGGUAACGUGUUGUCCUGCUCUCAAGAACCCAGACGUCACCCUGGGCUGCCUUACCACGAGCACACUGUCGGGAAGUUGGUCAACGCUAUACUGCACAUGGAUUGCGCCCCCGAGUUCAGACUCCACGCUGCCCGUGACAACGAGCGAAAAAGGCGUCACGACAACGAAAAACCUUGGCUUUCGCAGCCCCGAGGGUCUGAAUGCCUUUGGUAUCCGAAUGGUCUACCAAUCCUCCGAUCUUUCGACGCAACCGGCAGAAUCGACAACACACGGGUCUGCUUCCCGCUCACCAGGGGGGGCGGCCACUUCGAAUGCAUCACAAGUCACCGAUGAAUCGGGUGGACUCUCUACAGGUGCCAAGGUUGCGAUUGGGGUUGUUAUCCCUGUUGUUGCGAUUGCGGCUUUGUUAGGAGCCUUCUUUUGGUGGCGAAAGCGCAAACACCGUUAUCAGGUUCCGCCGCAGACCGCGGACAAGUCGUCAACACCACUGCACGCUGAACUGCAUGGAACGCAUGUUCAUGAACUUAUGACGCAGACAAACGAUCCUGUAGAACUAGCAGGCUCAGGCCCAGCAAAUCAAUCUGGCCCUGGAAAAUAG